AUGACGACCAAGCGGUUGAUCGUGGCGACCAAUGCAUUGGGUUUAGGGAUCAACGUGCCAGAUGUACGGUUCGUGAUCCAUGUAGGUAUACCGUACCAGGUCCGGGCAUUCGCACAGGAAAGUGGACGGUUGGGUCGGGAUGGCAGGCAGGGCACAUCGACCAUAAUUUGCAAGGCAAUGAAGGGGCAGCAAGGGUUUACACAAGCAGCCCAGAGCGUUCGAGAUGAAGAGAUGGUGGAAUAUAUACGAGGGACACGGUGCCGACGAUUUGUGUUGGACAAGGCAAUGGACGGACGCAUACGAGAGGGUGGAUGCCAGGACGACGAAGAGAUGUGCGACGUAUGUAUUCGAGGCGGGCACGUACAAGAAAGCAACGUUAUGGCAAUCCGGCAAAUGAUGGGUCCGGAAAGCAUAACCAACGAGGCCACAGACGAGGAAGGGAAUGGAACAGAGCAUGACCGAGAGCAUAAAAGGCGCCGAAUAGAGGAAAACAGAGCAGUUCAAGUUGGUGGUGCAUUACCAAGGGCACCAUCACCCGAGAGGGAGGGUUGGACGUUUGGCGACGACGAGGAAAAGGCACCACAAGAGCAGGUUGCAGAGAGAAGGGAAGGGGCAGAGGUUCAAGAAACCAGCAUGGAGAUAUACAUGCAGGAACGAGACCAGGAGUUUGCGAUUUGGAAGGAGAGCGAGAGGAUCCGAGAUAACACAUUAUUGACGGAGAUAUUCGAGAGGCAGUUGGCCAGUUGGAGCGAGGGUUGUAUAUAUUGCCGAAUGACCAGCGGCGAGGACGACCAUGAAGGGUUAUGCCCGUUAGAAGCACACGACAAGGGCGUUUUCGAGGGAAUUGAGAGAGGUGUGAAGCAAAUACAAGAAUGGAUGGGCCGAAAGGGAUCAUUCGAAAGGUAUUGUGGAUGUUGGGAAUGUGGAUUGCCAUAUCGAAUUUGCAACCGUUGGGAGGACAUAUAUGGAGAUGGUGGGAAAUUUCGACGGAUCGCAGGAGAACAGUGCCAAUAUCCAGAUAUCAUGGCGAAGGUCAUUGGCGCAGGGUUAUCAAGGGCAAGGGAUGUAUUGGAAUAUAUUUUCCGGCAGAUAGGCAAAACAGAAGAAGGAAAAGAGGUUGGGGUGGAUGAUUUGUUACGUAUUGGUGGACGCAGACGUAAAGAUUGGGGAGGAAUGGAGACGAAUGACAUGUGUGUUGGGAUGAGUAUGUUGAUGGAUUGGUUUGAUGAGGAUUAA